AUGUUUGGGAAAGUAAGAGCGUCUUCUUGUCCUGCCGAGAGCCUGGAGAGACCGCCGUCCAAGAUUCUCAAAGACGAUUCUCUCUCCAUCUACGAGGCUACACUUAUGAAGCUUAAAUUGGGUUCUAAACGCAAUUUGAGUCCAUGCGAGAUAGAUAACGGUUCUACUUCAAGCUCUUCCAAUUUGGAGCCAAUGAAGAUAGAUGUGAACUGUGCUUCUGCAGCGGCUUCUCAGGGUAAUAUAGAGGUGGCCAGCUCUCCCCAGGAGCAGGAGGAGUUUAUGACAUUAGACACAGAUUGUUCUUCAGUAACAAGUUCGACAAGUUCUACUGAUUGCCAUUCUUUGGGUACCUCGAAACAGCAACAGAGUACAAACGUUUCAGUUCUCUACCUGUUUUCUAAAUUUAAGAGAGCUCAAGAGGAUAUCUGCUCAUCCUCUGGAGAUGCAAUGACAAUAGAGAGUGCUAGUAUUUCUCCAAGUUCUAGCGGUUGCCAAUCUCUUAACAGCACAGAACAACAUUUGGAAAAGGAAUGUGUCGACUCAUUACCUGCUAGGCACAUAUGCAUGCUCUGA